AUGGGGGCCCCCUCAGGAGGAAAGGGGCCCCGCCAUCGCGGUCAAGCCCUGCGGGUUUCUUAUGAAAAACUUGCUGCAGCGUCUUCUCCUGCAGCAGCAACUGCAGCAGCAGCUGCUGCUGCACCCACAGCGUCAGGGGCUAACGAAAAUAGCUCCUGGGGACAGCAGCAGCAGCAGCACAAGCAGCAGCAUAGGCAGCAGCAUAAGCAGCAGAGGCGACAGCACCAGGACUUCCAUAAUAAGCGCCAAAGAGUGUUUUGCAUGCAGCAGCAGCAGCAGCAGCAGCAGCAGCAGCAAAUGCUGCCGCAGCAGCAACAUCACCCAGGAGGCAGCAUACCAAUGCAGGCGCACCCCAACAGCAGCAGCAGCAGCAGCAGCAGCAGCUUUUGCUGCUCUCCUCCCCCGCAGGGAAUGUGCAAUGCAGAAGUCUCCUAUGGGCAGCCUCUGCAGCAGCAGCAACUGCAGCAGCAGCAGCAGCAGCAGCACCCACCACCACCGCCGCCGCCGCCUCCUGAUUGGCCGCAGCAGCAGCCGCAACAGCUGAGGCAGCAUGAGCAGCUGGGGCUGCAGCAGCAGCAACCGCAGCUGCAGCAACAGCAGCAGCAAACGCUGCAAUACCAACUGCAGCAGCAGCAAGGCAUGGAGAUGCAUCAAAUGGUGCAGCAGCCACAGCAGCAGCAGCAGCAACAGCAAAUGCAGCCAGCAUUCCAACAGCAGCAACUGCAGCAGCAACUGCAGCAGCAACUGCAGCAACCACUGCAGCAGCCACUGCAGCAGCCCCUGCAGCAGCCACUGCAGCAACCACUGCAGCAGCAACUGCCGCUCCAGCAGCAGAUGCAGCAGCAGUCAUUGCAGCAGCCACUGCAACAGCAGCAGCUACAGCAGCCAGUGCCGCUGAUGCAGCAGCCAAUGCAGCAGCAGAUGCUGCAGCAAGAGGUGCAGCAGCUAGUGCCGCAGCAACAGCACCUGCUGCUGCAACAGCAAGUGCAGCAGCAGCCGCUGAUGCAGCAGCAGCAAACGCUGAUGCAGCAACAGCAGCCCGAGCAGCACCAACUGCAGCAGCAACCAGUGCAGCAACAACCAGUGCAGCAACAACCAGUGCAGCAACAGCCGCUGCAGCAGCAGCCAACGCAGCAGCAGCCAAUGCAGCAGCAGCCAAUGCAGCAGCAGCCAAUGCAGCAGCAUCAGCUCCAUUCGCUGCAGCAGCUGCAGCCACUGCAACAGCAACCGCUGCAGUUGCUGCAGCAGCAGCAGUUGCAGCAGCAGCAACCAAUGCAGCAGCAGCAGCAGCUGCAGCAGCAACCACUGCAGCAGCAACCGCUGCAGCAACAGCAGUUGCAGCAGCAGCAAUUGCAGCAACAGCCACUGCAGCAGCUGCCGCAAGUGCAACAGCAGCAGCAGCUGCAGCAGCAGAGUUACUGGCUCCAAACAGGACUAGCAGGACCUCCUCAAGAGCAGCAGCAGCUGCAGCAGCAGCAGCAGCAUCAGCAGCAAGAUCAGCUGCAGCUGCAGCAGCAACGCACUGGGCGCCACACAAAUCAGAGGAGGCAGCAACGACAGCGGAGGCAGCAGCUUUCAACCCAGCAGCAGCAGCAGCAGGAGCACAUGCAGCCGCCUAUGCAGCAGCAGCAACAACAGCAGCCGCCACUGCUGCAGCAACAGCAGCAGCAGCCAGUGCAGCAUAACUGGCCGCAACAGAUGCACCAGCAGCAGCCACCGCAGGUGCAGCAGCAGCAGCAGCAGCCAGUGCAGCAGCAAUUCAUUGCAGCCCCUCCCCCGCCUCCGCCUCCUCCAGCCCCACCGUGCAGCAGCGGCGCAUGCAGCAGCAGUUACACUCCCAGUAGUGCCUUGCAGCAGCAGCAGCAUCACCAACUGCAGCAGCAGCAGCAGCAACUGCAGCAGCAGCAGCAGCAGUGCUUCGGGGUCCCCACCGCACCUCCUUGCAGCAGCAGCAGCCCUCCGCUUUGGAUUCAGCAGCAGCCGCCGCCACCGCCUCCUUUAAAUACCCCAAUCCAGCAGCAGCAGCAGCAGCAGCAGCAGCAGCCGCUGCAGCACUGGAUUAAGACAGAAGCGGGGACCGGAGUGGCGUCCUAUCGCGAGCGCAGAAGCAAAAAAGGCUUCGAGCGUUUUGCAUGCGGUCCGUGCGAGAAGAGCUUUUCUUCAUUAAGUCGGCUGCAGAGACACGAGAAAGAAGAACAUAUUAAUUGCCCUCAGUUGGGGUGUACGUACACUGGGCCUCCGCAUGCAGUUUGCUUGCAUAAACUCUCUCAUAUGAAGAAUGAACAGGGGGAGAGCAUCGUAGACAGUCCAGCAGAGGUGGCCCUGUGGCUCUCAGCCAGAAAGGCUUCCUUCCCCAAGAAGCGCUCACCAGGAGAAACGUCUACGGGGGCCCUAGACCAUCCGAAGAGUGUUUUGGAGACUAUCUUAAGGAAUUCUCUCGCCAGCAACACCAACGACUCGGUUGGGCGCAUUCCCGAAUCGUGGCUGUCUCCAUACGACAGUGGAAGCUACUGGGGUGUACAGGCACCUCCUUUUAGAGGGCAGCAGCAGAUUAUGUUUAGACCUCCUCUUCGUCUGCUGAUGGAGGCAGCAGACAGAAGGAGGUGGGAGAAGAAGCUUAUUGCUGCUCUUCAUUACUUAGUCCAGAACAACUUCUUCAUGCAGCAGCAGCAGCAGCAACAGCAGCAGCAGCAACAGCAGCAGCAGCAACAGCAACAGCAGCAGCAGCAACAACAGCAGCAGCAGCAGCUUCCGCAAGAUAUGGUGCAGCAGGAUACUACGGAUCAUCAACCUGAGGAAGGUGAGCUGCGGCCAGAAUAUGAAGUGAAACAAGAGGUGCAGCAGCAGCAGCAGCAGCUCUGUGGACCCCAGCAUGCAGCGACGCCGAUGCAGUUUCAAGCGCAGCAGCAGGCAAUGCUGCACCAUUCUCACCAGCAGGAAGCCUUGCAGCAGCAGCUGCAAAUGCAGCAGCACAAGGAAGUGACGCAACACUAG